AUGGCGGCCCACGAGACAAAUUCACAAAUUCCGGACGUUGCUGCCAACGCUGUCCUGGUUGAGUCUGCAAAGAUGCCCGCUGACACAAAAGUGAUCAAGGGCUACGACUUUGAGAACGGCGUCGACUACAACGCGCUGCUCGGCUCCUACCUGACUACCGGCUUUCAGGCAUCGAAUUUUGGCCGUGCCGUCGAGAUCGUCAACCAUAUGCGGGCGUGGCGCCUCAGUGACGACCCAGUCAAGCCAGACGACAGCGAGGAGGACCGUGACCCCAAAUCUUUCCUUGGCUACACCUCGAACCUGGUCUCGUCCGGCAUCCGCGAGACGAUCAAGUACCUGGCCAAGAACAAGCUGGUCGACGUGAUCGUUGCGUCUGCCGGAGGCAUCGAGGAGGACUUUAUCAAGUGCAUGGCGCCCACCUAUCUGGGCGACUUUGCCCUCAAAGGCCGCGAACUGCGUAGCAAGGGCCUGAACCGCACCGGAAAUCUGAUUGUGCCUAACGACAACUACUGCAAAUUCGAGGACUGGAUCAUGCCAAUCUUUGACCAGAUGCUCAAGGAGCAGAAGGAGCAAGGCACCGUGUGGACUCCGUCCAAGAUGAUCCAUCGUCUGGGCAAGGAGAUCAACCACGAGGACUCGAUCUACUACUGGUGCUACAAGAACAACAUCCCUGUGUACUGCCCAGCCCUGACUGACGGCUCGCUCGGCGACAUGCUGUAUUUCCACUCGUACCGCAGCCCCGGCCUGAUUGUUGAUCUGGUUGGCGACAUCCGCGCCAUGAACUGCGAGGCUGUCUUCGCCAAGAAGACCGGCAUCAUCAUCCUGGGUGGCGGCAUGAUCAAGCACCACAUCUGCAAUGCCAACCUGAUGCGCAACGGCGCUGACUUUGCUGUCUACAUCAACACGGCACAGGAGUUUGACGGCAGCGAUGCUGGCGCCCGUCCCGACGAAGCUUCCGUCAAGGUGUACGUCGACGCGUCGCUGGUGUUCCCGCUGCUGGUUGCUCAGACCUUCGCCAAGGGCGACUAA